AUGGAGUCCUUGGAGAGGGCGACAAAAAUUGCUACACUUAACGUCCGUGGGCUUAGUGCCAAGAGGCGGCAAAAUCAAUUUUACCGCCUAGUAACGGAGCACGACCUCGAUAUUGUAGCCAUUCAGGAGACCAAAGUGGAGGGAGAGGACCAGACGGAGCGUAUGUUGCAACAUCAGGGCGAGGACGGCGCUGGAAGGACCUUUCCAGAGAAUCCCGGACAGUCGCAGAGGACGUGGAAUCGGAGGAUACUGCAUCUCCUGGCCGCAGGUGCCGUGCUCGUAUUGGUCCUCUUGCUGAGCAUCACUGUUUACCUGUUUCUCUCCACGACGCUCUUGUCACCAUACUGCGACUCACGACACUGCGCAGACCUCGCCAAAAGGCUUGCGGACUCGAUCGACACCAGCGUAAAUCCGUGCAACAACUUUUACUCUUUCGUCUGUGGCCGUACUUCCGUGACAUCCGUUCUCGACGAUGCGAACGCAAAGGCGACGCAAGACCAGCUCGCGGAGCUCGCCAACGACAUUUGGCACAUCGGGAGACCGAGCCGUCUGUACCAUAAGUGUCUGGUACCCGAACCAAGCGAGAGAGCCGCCAACAUUCUCGCAUUAAAGACAAUUUUGAGAAAGUUAUCUCUUCACUGGCCGAAAGAAGAGCCACUCCCAGGCAGCAGGCACCCGAUGGACGUGAUGCUUGAGAUGGCUAUCAAGUGGGACAUCAACUUCUUGUUUCGUUUACAAGCCGUCGACAGCCAAGCCACUGGCAAGGUUUUGGUCAUCCGCAGAGCCCGUCAUAGCGCUGCAUGGGUAGAUCGCCUUGCGAAUCCAGUAAACUUAGUCGAGUACAAGCAGCACGUCGAGCGCCACUUGAAGGUCAUGCACGCGUCGAGUGACAUCAACCACACAAUCCUGAUGGAGUUGGAGAACUCAUUCACCGCAGCCAUACUAAACACGUCGCGCGAGCAAUCGUGGCUCACCCUAGGCAAGUUUGACAGCAAGACAAAGUCGAUAGGGAAAGGCGUUUUUCUAAAAUACAUGCGCCUUCAUUAUAGUAAAGAUCAAUUGGGCCACUCAUGGGCUUCGGAGAACUGGGCAGUACUGGAAGACGCCAAUACGCUGACAAACGUCGACCAACUCUUUGAGAAACACACGCAUGAGCAUCUUCUGAUAGGCAUUGCGUGGCUGUUCAUCCAAUCUCACCUGUGGGCGGUCGCUGGUCAACCAGAACUCAUGUUCCACAACGACAUUGACGAGAAAAAGAAGCGUGCCUGCCUGGAGUACGUGAACUCGCGCUUUGGCCUCCUCACCUCCGCCGAGUAUUUAACGCAGCUCUUUCAGACACCGGAGUCCCGCCACGACGUCUCGAAUUUCUUACUCAGCCUCAAGAACGAGCUCAAGUCGCUGGCCAAGAAUUCCCGGUGGAUAGACCUCGAGACCCGAGAGACGGCAGAGCUCAAGAUUGAGAGGGUCGCCCUGAACGUCCUGCCGGCCGAACAGUUCUUUAUGCCUCUAGAGCGCGCAUUGCUUUACCAAAUCUUUCCAUCCAUGAACGAUUCGUUAUUCUUCGAGAGCUGGCUGCAGGCUUCGAGCACGUACCAGAGACUACAGAGCCACGAGCGCUUCCGGGAUUUGUACAGCAAGAGGCGGACAUUCGGCCAGGAACCGCUCUCGUACAAUUACUUACUUAGCGUCGUCGACGCCGCGAUGGUGGCGCUAGAACCCCCGUCAUACUACGUCGGAGCGCCCUUCGCCAUCAACUACGCCGGGGCGGGGACGCUGUUCGCCCUCGAGAUGUCCAAAAGUUUCGAUGUGCUCGGCACGACCGUGGACAACCGUGGCGAGACCGUGCACUGGUGGGGCAGAGCACAGUCGGCGGAAUACGACCGUCGCUUGUCUUGUGAUCUCGGCGAAAACGCGACGAUCCCUCUCAUUCCCACAAUACCGGCGCUGGAGGCGUCGUACUCGGCGUACAAAACAGCUGUCUCCCGGGCUGCUGCCCUGCGGGGUGCCAGGAAAGAGCUCAAGAUUCGUGGCCUGAACAUUUACAGCGAAGAGCAGAUAUUCUUCAUGACUUACUGUUACGCGUUCUGCGGUAGCGAAGGCAGCAGGGGGCUUCUAGAAAAGUGCAACGUGCCACUCCGGCACUUCUCGCCAUUCGCCGAAGUGUUCGGCUGUCCCGAAGGUUCGCCAAUGAACGCUUUGAAAAAGUGCACGUUCUUUUCUUGA